AAUGAAGAAGUGUAUAAAAAGCAGUCAAAAAAUCCGCCGUCUCUGAGCCACUUCUCUCCGUUCUCUUCUUCACCUCAACCCCUAAACCCAAAAAACCCAUUUACCCGCACGUCUUACACGAUUUAUUUUGCCAUUUCUUGAAUCUAAUCAAUUUUUCGAGGUUUGAUUCCUGUCUUUCCCCGUAGGGGAUAAAAUGGCGGGCAAAUCGAACAGGGGGAAGAAUCGCAAAGGGUCACAGCAAAGUGCUGCAAAUUCUUUAGAGCAGACACUGCCAUCUGAUGUUCCACUGAAUGAUAGCUCGAGUGGUUCCGAUGCCAAUGGAAUUGUCACUGCUACUGAUUCAACUAACAUGGACUCAGAGGUGAAGGACAAGCAAAAUGCAUCCCAUGAGCCCCAGCGUAAGCAAGCUGACAUUCAACUUUAUCCUGUUUCUGUGAAGACACAAGGAGGCGAUAAGCUUGAGCUUCAAUUGAGCCCUGGAGACUCUGUGAUGGAUGUGAGGCAAUUUCUUCUUGAUGCCCCUGAGACGUGUUAUUUUACUUGCUACGAUUUGUUACUGCACACAAAGGAUGGCUCUGUUCAUCAUCUAGAAGAUUAUAAUGAAGUUUCUGAAGUUGCUGAUAUCACUUCUGGAAACUGCUUUCUGGAGAUGGUUGCUGCAUUAUAUGAUGAUAGAUCCGUCAGGGCUCAUGUUCAUCGCACAAGAGAGUUGCUUUCUCUUUCAACAUUGCAUUCUUCUCUGUCCACGACGCUUGCACUACAACAUGAGACGGGGCAAAAUACAUCCGGAAAUUUAGGAGAUACUGCAAAAGCUGAAGUGCGAGAACUUGACAAUUUGGGUUUUAUGGAAAGCGUCUCCGCUUCACUUACUAAUUUGUUGUCAUUGCCUUCCAAAGAGAUCAAAUGUGUGGAGAGCAUUGUUUUCUCUUCAUUUAAUCCUCCUCCUGGCUACAGAAGGCUUUCUGGAGACUUGAUUUAUUUGGACGUGUUGACCCUCGAAGGAAAUAAAUAUUGUGUUACCGGAACAACCAAGGGUUUUUAUGUAAACUCAAGCUCUGGGAACAUUCUAGAUCCAAGGCCAAGCAAAACUGCUUCCGAAGCAACAACCCUCAUUGGACUUCUGCAGAAGAUUAGCCCUAAGUUCAAGAAAGCUUUUCGUGAAAUUUUGGAGCGGAAGGCCUCUGCACAUCCUUUUGAAAAUGUUCAGUCUCUGUUGCCACCUAAUUCAUGGCUUGGAUUGUAUCCUGUUCCCGAUCACAAACGUGAUGCAUCGAGGGCAGAAAAUUCGCUGACUCUUUCUUUUGGAAGUGAGUUGAUUGGCAUGCAGAGAGAUUGGAAUGAAGAGUUGCAGUCUUGUCGUGAGUUCCCACACACGACACCUCAGGAAAGGAUCUUAAGAGAUAGAGCUCUCUACAAAGUGACCUCUGACUUCGUUGACGCUGCGACUAGUGGUGCAAUUGGAGUGAUUAGCAGAUGCAUUCCACCAAUCAAUCCAACUGAUCCAGAGUGCUUUCACAUGUAUGUUCACAACAAUAUAUUCUUUAGUUUUGCUGUUGAUGCGGACCUUGAGCAGUUGCCCAGAAAGCAAGCGUUGGCAGAGAACUCUAAGAUUGAGAACACUGCUCUGUCACAGAGUUUGUGUGAGAAGUCAACCAGCAAUGUGCCGCAAGGUACAUCUAGCAUUUCUGAUGGGGAUGAAUCUGGUGUCCCCAAGGCCGAAAAUAGUAAUGGCGAAGAGGCGCUGUCUCCUGAUGUGCCUGCUGAGGCUCAGUUGGCUGAAAGUGAGCAAGCCACAUAUGCAAGUGCAAAUAAUGAUCUGAAAGGCACCAAGGCAUACCAGGAAGCUGAUGUUCCUGGAUUGUACAAUCUUGCUAUGGCGAUUAUUGAUUACAGAGGUCAUCGAGUGGUAGCACAGAGCGUCUUGCCUGGCAUCCUUCAAGGGGAUAAAUCAGACUCCCUUUUGUAUGGUUCUGUUGACAACGGCAAGAAAAUUUGCUGGAAUGAAGAUUUUCAUUCCAAGGUUGUCGAAGCUGCCAAACGUCUUCAUCUGAAAGAGCACACUGUCCUUGAUGGAUCUGGAAAUGUUUUCAAACUAGCUGCACCAGUGGAAUGCAAGGGCAUUGUUGGUAGUGAUGACAGGCAUUAUCUCUUGGACUUGAUGAGAGUCACUCCUCGUGAUGCUAACUAUACUGGACCUGGUUCUAGAUUUUGUAUAUUGAGACCUGAAUUGAUAACCGCUUUUUGCCAUGCUGAAGCGGCUGAGAAGUCGAAAUCCAAAUGUGAAUCAGAAGGGGAUGUUCCCCUUGCCUCCAAUUCUUCAAAUGUGAAUAAUGUUGACCUUGUAAAAGCUGUGGAAAAUGCUGCAUCAGAAGGAUCUGAUACACAGGAUAAUGCAGAAGGUGAAAAGCGGACAUCACAAGAAUGUGGUUCUCAGUCUAGUAUUAAAGAUUCAACUGAAGAGAUGCAGUUCAAUCCUAAUGUCUUUACUGAAUUUAAGCUUGCUGGGAGUCAAGAGGAGGUAGCAGCAGAUGAGGAAAACGUGACGAGAGCAAGUUUGCAUCUUAAAGAUGUUGUGCUACCGAAGUUGAUACAAGAUCUUUGCAAGCUCGAAGUUUCACCUAUGGAUGGACAAACUUUAACCGAGGCACUCCAUGCUCAUGGGGUUAAUGUCCGAUAUAUUGGAAAAGUUGCUGAAGGGACCAAACAUUUACCUCACUUGUGGGAUCUUUGUUGCAAUGAGAUUGUUGUCAGAUCUGCAAAGCAUAUUCUUAAGGACAUCUUAAGGGAUACAGAGGAUCAUGAUCUUGGGAAUGCAAUUUCACAUUUUUUCAAUUGCUUGUUUGGAGAUAUCCAGACUGUUUCUGUUAAAGUUGUUGCAAACAAUACACAUUCCAAAAAUUCAAAGAAGAUGUUGCAGGCUCCAGGGAAGUCUUCCAAGGAACAAGCCAAGUAUAAAAAUGGAGAAUCCACAAGAAAGAAGCAAUCAUCAUACUUGAGUAUUACAUCAGAUAGUUUAUGGUCUUUAGUCCAGGAGCUUGCACAAACCAAAUACCAGUUUAACUUGCCAGAAGAUGCAAGAAUGCUGGUGAAGAAGAUUUCAGUUAUUAGGAACCUUUCCCAAAAGGUUGGAAUCACCAUCGCUGCUCGCAUGUAUGCUCUUGAUGCUGCAGUGCCUUUCCAGGUUUCAGAUAUUUUGGAUCUUCAACCAGUAAUAAAGCAUUCAAUUCCAGUUUGUUCCGAAGCUGAGGAUCUCAUAGAAACUGGAAAGGUGCAACUAGCUGAGGGAAUGCUUAGUGAAGCCUACACACUGUUCUCUGAAGCAUUUACAAUCCUCCAGCAGGUCACUGGUCCAAUGCAUCGAGAGGUUGCUAACUGUUGCCGCUACCUAGCCAUGGUUCUAUAUCAUGCCGGAGAUAUGGCUGGAGCCAUAAUGCAACAACACAAGGAACUUAUCAUAAAUGAGCGCUGCUUAGGAUUGGACCACCCUGACACUGCGCACAGUUAUGGAAAUAUGGCUUUGUUCUACCAUGGUCUUAAUCAAACAGAACUUGCCCUGCGGCACAUGUCACGGGCAUUACUUCUGUUAAGUUUGUCAUCCGGUCCAGAUCACCCAGAUGUUGCUGCAACUUUUAUAAAUGUUGCAAUGAUGUAUCAAGAUAUUGGAAAGAUGGAUACAGCCCUUCGUUAUUUGCAAGAAGCCUUGAAAAAGAAUGAAAGACUGCUGGGAGAGGAACACAUUCAAACUGCUGUGUGCUAUCAUGCUUUGGCAAUUGCAUUCAACUGUAUGGGCGCCUUCAAGCUCUCGCACCAGCAUGAGAAGAAAACAUAUGAUAUUCUCGUUAAACAACUUGGAGAAGAUGACUCUAGGACGCAGGAUUCUCAAAACUGGAUGAAAACAUUUAAGACGCGCGAGAUGCAGAUGAAUGCGCAUAAGCAGAAAGGUCAAGCUUUGAAUGCUGCUUCUGCUCAAAAGGCUAUCGAUAUUUUUAAGGCUCAUCCUGAUCUAAUACAUGCUUUUCAAGCGGCUGCUGCGGCUGGAGGAUCCGGUGCUUCUGGUGCUGCUUCAAACAAACCGGUUCACACUGGUAUUGGUAGUGAAACACUUCCCCGAGGACGGGGUGUAGAUGAAAGAGCUGCUCGAGCUGCUGCAGAGGUUCGAAAGAAAGCAGCUGCAAGGGGUCUUUUGAUCCGACCACAUGGUGUUCCCGUCCAAGCUCUACCACCCCUUACCCAGCUUCUUAAUAUCAUAAACUCCGGAAUGACACCGGAUGGUGUGAACAACGAGGUUACUAAUGGAGAGAAAAAGGAAUCAAAUGGACAUGCUUCAAAUGAACCACAAGUUCCCGAAGAGGACCAAUCCAAACCCGUUGAACAGGAUCGGACUCCGGUUGGAUUGGGCUCCGGCUUGGCUGCAUUGGAUGCCAAAAAACAGAAAACAAAAGCCAAAGCCACGUCUUGAAACUUGAGAUUCAGAGUUUUCUUACUACUGAUGUUCUUCCUUCAUUUUUUCUCAUUGGCCUAAGUCAUAAAUGUCUGCCUAACCAACUCUUCAUAUGAGAUUUGAGCUAAGAAGUGGAAGAUCGUUCAAAUGUAAGAAAAGUGAUUCCCUGGAUUCUAUUUAAGAGACUUUUAGGAAUCUUUUCAAUAUAGCAGUGGCCGGGCGGAGAUCUUGUUUUUUUGUGAAAUUGAAUACUUUUUAUUCCAUAAAAAGUUUGGAUAUCGUAAUUUAUUUGUAGCAUUAGUAGUUGAGUGACGGGUUGUUUCCUUAACAAAGAGUUCUUCAAUAAAAACACCAUUGAUUUUAGCAGAGCUUA